AUGCAAGAUAAACAUACCUAUAAAGAAGCAGACAUUAAAUGGUUUAUAAAAAAGGAUUUAGUACCUGAGCCUUAUCUUUAUAUAAUUCUAGAACCAGAUGAACAUUUUGAAUAUAUUGUAGUUAAGAAUGAUUUAUCACAGAGGAUAGGUAAUAAAAUGGAAGUUCCAGAGAUUAUAAGACAUCAGUCAUUAUCUGAAAUUGUACUAGAGGUCUUAAAAAAGUUAAAAGAUGGUAAUAAAGUAGUUAACAGUAAAGCAGAUAAUAGUGAAGUAGAUGAAGAUAACCUGAAUGAAAACAAAGAAAAUAAAGAUGAAAUAGAUGAAAAUGUGAAAGUACAAUCUAUCUUAUCAGUUCCUCUUUUAGAGAAUGACCCUCAAGAAAAAAAAAACAAUUAUUUAAUUAUAGGAUCUUUAAAGUUGUUAGACAAGUCAAUUACAGAGAAUUAUUUAAAAAAGCAAAAAAGGAAAAAGAAGUCAUCAAAACCCAAAUCUGUUCAAAGUUAUGACUUAUCUGAGAUUUCAACCAAAGGCUCUUGCCAAAAUUUUUUACUAGCCAUUUUGUAUAAUCUAAUUGCUUCAAUUGAAAAAAAUCAUAUUAAAGUAGAAGAAGCUAUAUGCAAAUCAGAAAAAUAUCUAGCUUAUAACUAA